AUGUCUUCAUCCAAUUUCGAAUCGAUCAACAGUGCAUUAACUACAAGUGCAAUUAUCGCCAUCGUCGUUGGAUCGGUUAUUGGUCUGAUUCUUCUAAUUGCAGUGAUUGUCGCUAUCGUGUGUAUUAUCAAACAUGCCAGCCGACCAAGACAUGUGCCAGCAGGAGGAAUGAUUCUUCAACCGCCACAAACAUAUCCAUAUUCCUAUCCUCAAACUUGGUCGAAUCAGUACCCAUCAAAUGCACUGAACAUGACAAAUUAUCCAACUAUGUAUCAGACUGUAUCGGCACCUUAUACGGUACCGGUGCCAACGUAUACUAAACCGACCGAUGCUUAA